AUGUUGCAAAGCAAUGUCUCCCACAACUGCAUUCUUCAUAAGCCUGUCAUCGGCAUCGCCACAGUGGGAUUGGACCCCGAGCAAGAACGGCGGCCCCCGUCUGCGCCUACGAAUCUGGACUUCCCACUUCACAAGGGCUUGGAUGCCACAGGAAGCGAAUCGGAAUCCUCUUUGAGGCAAAUAGGCGACCUCCUAGCUUCCAUUAAAAGACCGCAGGAUAUCUCGUCCGAAAGGUUCAAAGCUUUCAAUCUGAAAGUAGAGCUCAAUAUUCCUGCCACCUGCAUUGUCCGACGGGAUAGCACAAGUCGUUCACCCUUACUACCUUGGGAAGACAGCUCAUCAAACCCGUCGCCGUCUUUAGAUGAUGGCUCUCCAGUCUUGCUCGAGAAUGGGGAUUCGUAUCCGCCAAAGGAGAGAUUCGAGGUAUUAAAAGACGAACUUCUUAUGGACAAUGACGACGUAUUCCGCGAAGUGGGCAGGUUACCUCCCCGCGAAGGCCGCCAAAGGGUUCGGGUAACUCAGACGAGAAAAUUCUGGACGGGUUUGGAACGAAUGUCCCAAUACUGGGACUCCAGCUUGGAUCACUACUACGAGCGUCCUGCAACACCACAACAACAGGGUCCAGCAGGCGAUUCUGGGGGCAAGAUGCAGACAGACAACGGAACACAGCCGGUCUCCCCGAAUGAAACGGAGGUAUCGAUGGACCUUGAAGCUCCCGCCAAGACCAAUGACCAGGUGCGCGAACAAUCAGAAUGUGUGACAAUGUAUAAAGGACGGCGUACCGGCUGUGGAAGUGAGAUGCCAGAAGACAUUCGCGAAGAGACCAUUCGCGCAUUGGCGGAAAUGGCGGCCUGGCCCUUCGGGUGCCAAGUGGCUCUUCCCAUUAUGCCUCCAAGGCUCACAGUAAAGACUCUGCUUUUCCCUGUACGACAGACGUUCACGGUGGCUCGAUCCCCCAAGGAUCGACAACUGGCACGAAGCGGUGUUAUGGAAGGACCCCUUCUUGUUGCUCAAUGUCGACCCGAAACCUCUUUCCGAGUAUCUCACGAAGCUCCUGGGUCCGGCACCGCAGAGAUAUGCGAUUUGUUCCGGGAGGUUGGGGGCAUGCUCCUGACUGCUCAAGAACGGUUGCGCCAGGGAACUGCCGAAGUCAGACCUGGCGAGGGGAAGUGGUGGACGACUUCGCCCCGGUGGGGUGGUGCUCCCAAUGACGCUGUGGGUGAUAGUGGCAAUUGUAAUGAUAUACCGCCAACACCGGAGUCUGGCAAUGCUCGCAAACGAUCUAAAUAUGAGCAUCCUUUCUUGGCCUCCCGGAGACCAGCCGGUUCACGCAAACUAAGCAACAGCGAGCGGUGGAAGCUCGUUCAGCCAGGCCCUAGUCUCUGGGACCGGCGGAUGAGGUAUAUUCAGAUCGGGAAGGGCAUGGAAAGCCCAUUUGAUGAUAUUUACAUGUUAUCCUCCAUCAACCACCAUCUUGCCAUUCUCCAUCUCCAGGUCCAUCGGAGAUACAUUGAAAUCUUGACGACGGGAGACAGUGACUUCCCCCCCGACACCGACACACCGGAUCAACCAUGGAAGUAUGUCCCCGGCGCAUAG